AUGCCGCGGUGCCUUCAUAGGACCCCACUCUCUCUUGCGCGGGACCCAGCCGCCUCGGUGAUUGGGGCGGCGGACGGUUCUGCGGAGCACUGUCAUGUGGACCCGCGCGCCGAGCUCCAGACGGCGACGGAGCGGAACGCGCGGGAGGCGCGCGAGGAGCGUGAGAAGGCGGACACAGCCAAGGCCGCGCAGGCUGAAGCUGACACGGCUACCAAGGCUCAGGCCGACACCACGGCCAAGGAGCGGGCGGACGCAGCCGCCAAGGCGCAGGAGGCGGAGGCGGCCCACGGCCGGGCUCCACUGCUCGCCGUCCCGUUGCGUGCCGUGCCACCAGCGCCGGAGAUCGAGGUGCCGACUGGAAGAGCCGGUGACGACCAGCCAGUCAUGGAGAGGGGAGGGGGCGACCCUGUCAUCGUGGAGGCGGAAGUGCCCCCGCCCAUGCCGACUGCCGGCGCUCAGCCAGUCGGCCUGAGGCGCCGCAAGUGCCGCCAGUCGGUGGCGAGCUGGUGGUGGGCCCGACUCCCGCGGUCCGCACUCCGGGGAGCGGCCACUGACCUACAGCAGCGCCUGGGCGAAGCCCAAACUGAGCUGUGCACCAAGGAGGAGGAGCGCCGCAAGGCGGUUGAGGAGUGCGACCACCUGGCCAAGGAGCUGGCAGCCCAGGCGGAUCAACACAAGGCGGCGCUCAAGAAGGAGAAGGACGACGAGGCCGCCCUCCAGGCCGAGUUCGAGACCGAAUGCUCUGCCUAG